AUGAAUUAUUGUGUGAAUGUAUUAGGAAAACUCUUCCUCCAUGCUUCCACUAAGGUUUUGACAAUUCAAAGUUUGUACCUUUGUUGGGUUCAGAUAUUUAGGGGCUUAUUGGAGCCAAUUGUCACACUUGAUGUACUACAACAUCAGCCUCAACCAGUAACAUUGCUAUUCGAAUUGUGCCAGAAAGAUGGAAAGCAUGUCGAUAUAAGACAUUGGAGAAAAGGGGAAAAAAACAUUGCAAGUGUUUAUGUUGAUGGGCAAUUUGUUGCCUCAGCAUGUUCUGAUCAGAAAGAAAACGCAAAGCUUCAUGCAGCUAAGGCUGCUUUGCAGAAAUUAUCUUACAAAACUAGUGAAAAGAUUGGUAGAGACAUUAUAGGUGAAGUCAAUGGAUCUACCAAGAUUGAAAGUGCAAAACAAAAACUUCAUGAGCUCUGUGGAAGGAAAAGAUGGCCAAAACCAAGCUACAGAAUUGAAAAGGAGAUAGGUCCAGCUCAUGAUAGGCGAUUUAUAUGCUCUGUUCAAAUUGAGAUUGCUGAGGCUGUGCUUUUUGUGAUGGGAGAUGAAAAAUCAAGAGUGAAGAACGCAGAGAACUCUGCAGCUUCUCUGAUGCUACUAGGUCUGCAAGACUCUUGAGUACUAAUGAUGACCUAGGUGUAGAAUCAUGGAAAAUUGUAACCUGCUGUGUUGGUAGACAUUGUAGAAGCUGGAAAAGCAGAACGAUUUUCUUCAUUAGUUCUGUAUUAUUAGUUCAAUAAAUAUUGCAUUUUCUUUUACUUUUGAAUCGAUAAAUGAUCAUUGCUAUGGAUUAAGGUUCUUGUUGUACCAUGAAAA